AUGGCGGCGCCCCUGCGGCGGGCGCUGCUGGCGCUGGGCCCGGCCCGGUCCCGGCUCCCGGUGUCGCUGCCGCUCCCGGCGCGGCCCUACCGGGCGGAUCCGCUCCGCCGCCGCCCGGGCCCGGCCCCGGCGGACCCCGAUGAUCUGCAGGCGGCCGCGCGGCGGUUCGGGCGGCUCGGGGAGGCUUCGGGGGUAGCGGUGUGGCGGCUGUGGCCCAGCCCGGAGCAGCUGCGGGAGGCGGAGGCGGAGGAGCGCGAGUGGGACCCGGCGCUCCGGGAUGUGGAGGCCGAGCUGGAUCGGCGGGAGCGGGAGGAGGCGCGGCGGAGAAAGGAGAGGGAGGAGCUCCAGGCCCGCAGCCUGGCGGCGAUGCCGGCCCGUGUGGCCGCCUGGCGCCGGGAGCGCGAGGCCGCUCGGGAGAGGCGGCGGCGGCGGCUCCUGGCCGAGGCCGGGCUGGGGGGUCUCCCCCGAGCCGGGACCCCCGCCCGAGCCCCGGGCCGGGCCCAGGAGGUGCUGGAGGAGCUGGAGCGGCGGCAGAGGCGGGAGGAGAAGCGGCGCCGGCGGCAGCAGCGGGAGGACGCGAGGCGGGAGGACCCUCCCCCCUAA